AUGACGUCGGUGCCGGAGACCCGCGGCGACGACGGCGACGCCGCCAUGCUGAUCACGUUCGGAGACUUCUCGCUGGAGGAGACGCAGAAGGCGCUGGAGGACGACAUGACGAGCGACUCGCAGCCAGAGGCGGCGAAGGCCGUGGAGGCGACGACCAAGUCGUGGGCGAAGGCGCUGGGCGCCCCCAAGGCCCAGCCAAAGCCCGCGUGGGGAGGCGCUGCCGCCCCUUGGGCCGCGGCGGCGGGCGUCAACGGAGCUGCCAGCGCUUCUAAAGCCGUCAGAGAUCCGGCCAAGCCGCUGCCCUUUGAGGAAGCUAUUCAGGAGACGCUCAAGGGGCUGGACGUGUCGGCGCCCGCCAAGGAGAUGAAGAAGAGAGGCCUGGUGAACCAGGGCAACACGUGCUUCCAGAAUGUGAUCAUGCAGUCGGUGCUGGCCUGCCCGCCGUUCUUGAACUUGUUGGCGGAGAUUUCCGCUGCUACGGCUCCGACGUCGGAGAUGAUGGCGAGUACGUCGACAUUCAAAGCGUGGCGACACAUGGUGGCCUUCGCGCGUGAAUUCGAAGAGCCGACGCUGGCGCAGCUGCACUUGCAGGCUGCUAGUGGCGAGCGGAACCCGAACGAUAUGCACGGCAAGGUGCCGCAGGCGAUUCGGAUCAGCGGCUACUUUAUGGACGUGCUCAGCGCUUUUCAGAAGAUGCGUGGCGAGCAGGAGGAUGCUCUGGAGUUCCUCGAGUUCUUCUUGGAGUACCUGCACAGCGAGUACGAGAAGAGCGGAUUGGAGCUGCCUGCGUCGUGCGAGGAGCAGACGAAGCGUAGCGCCGCCAAGAAGCAGAACGGAGCGGUCGUGGAUGCUGAUUUGGAAAAUGCCCAAGCUUUUGAUGACGGCUGGGCGGAAGUUGGCAAGAAGGGCAAGAGCAGCGUGCUCCGCCAGAACCCUGUCGACACGAUUCGCUCACCGAUCAACUGGCUGUUUAAGGGUGCACUGCGCUCGGAGCUCAAACAAAAUGGUAAGAGGCAGAGCUCCAUCACCGUCGAGCCGUUCCACUGCUUGCACUUGAACCUGGACUACGAGGCACAAGACCCAUCGUUCGUCACGGGCGCCAACGGACUGGCUAAGCCACUCAGCACCCCGAUUACGAUCGAGGAGAUGAUCCGCAAAUCGUUCGACGUCGAGGUGAUCGAAGACGUGAACCAGGUCCCCACGAUGAAGAAGUUCACGACGGUGGAGUCUCUUCCUGUUGUGCUGACGCUGAGCGUCAAGCGAUUCACGUACCACCCGGAGCAGGGACCGGUAAAGCUGCAGCAGUUCGUGAAGUACCCGCCGUCCCUGGAGUUCCCGACGCAGUUCAUGUCGACGACCUGCCGGGCGGAGAACGGGAUGGAUAUCCCUGGUGUUGCGUCUAUCAGUGGUGCCGGCUUCUCGACCCCUCCGAUGUACGAGCUCUUCGCGGUUGUGUCGCACCUGGGCAAGUUCGUUGUGGGUGGCCACUACACGUGCGUGUGUCGUGACAACAAGGACCAGUGGUUCCGCUACGACGACGAGCACGUGACCUCCAUCUCGGAGGCCACAGCGCUCAGCGAAACCGCCUACUUGUUGUUCUACAUUCGGACAAACAAGCGGCCUACUCCUCGCGCCCCAGCAUCUCCGUCUCCUGGAUCAGCCUUUAUCAAGGCGAAGAGCUCAAGCGGCUCAAAACAGAAGGCUGGCAACAGCAACGGCACGACCAAGGUUCCUCCCGAUGGGAAGCCAUGGAAACAGCCUGCCGCCGCACCAAGCCCACCUCCAGCACCUAAACCGAUUCCAGGAAUGUCGCCGAAGAAGCAGCCCGAGGCAACAAAACCCAAGUCGAAGAAGCAGAACAGGAAGAAACCAGCAUGA